UGUGUGUGUGCGCGUGUGUCAGACACACGAUGCUGUGUGUUGGGGUGUGUGUGUUGGUCCUCUCCGUCCUCGUCCAGGCCGGACCGUCCGUCCUCUCUGCCGUCCAGCAGCGCUCCUUUAAACCGCAGUCAAGUUUGGACCCUGAAGUGCACAUGAACAUUUCGGAGAUCAUCAGGUACUGGGGUUACCCUGCAGAGGAACACGAGGUGCUGACAGAGGAUGGCUACAUCCUGACUGUCAACAGGAUCCCACAGGGACGCAAACACACUGAAGGUCCCCGUCCUGCCGUCUUCCUGCAGCACGGCCUCCUGGCAGCCGGCAGUAACUGGAUCACCAACCUGCCCAACUCUAGUCUGGGCUACGUGCUCGCAGACGCCGGCUACGACGUCUGGAUUGGAAACAGCCGCGGAAACACCUGGUCCAGGAAACAUCGCACGCUCACACCUGACCAGGACGACUUCUGGAGGUUCAGUCAUGAUGAGAUGGCGUUGAAGGACCUCCCUGCGGUUGUGGACUUCGUCUUGAAGGUGACGGGUCAGGACCAGAUCUUCUACGUAGGACACUCCCAGGGGACGACCAUCGCAUUCAUGGCCUUCUCCACGCUGCCGGACCUCGCCAGUAAGAUCAAGAUGUUCUUCGGUUUGGCUCCCGUGGCAACCGCCGCCUUCACUACCAGCGCCAUGACCAAACUGACCAUCCUGCCUGAGUUCCUCGUCUGGAAGUUGUUUGGUAGGCGGGACUUCCUGCCUCAGAGUCACAUGAUCGAGUGGUUUUCGGAACACGUGUGUGCGAAGGAGCUGUUCAACGAGCUGUGUGGAAACUUGUUCUUCGUCCUCUGCGGCUUCGACCGAGAAAACCUCAACAUGACUCGGACUCCAGUCUACACAGAACACUGUCCUGCUGGGACGUCUGUCCAGAACAUGCUCCACUGGUCCCAGGCAGUUCAUAAAGGGAAGUUGAUGGCGUUUGACUUUGGAGCUGCAGGAAACAUGAAACAUUACAACCAGUCUACUCCCCCUGAGUACCGCGUCCUGGACAUGAAGGUUCCCACCGCUCUGUUUUCGGGGGGACAUGAUACGCUGGCGGACCCCAAAGAUGUGGCCGUCCUCCUCACUCAGGUGUCUAACCUGGUCUUCCAUCGGCACAUUGAACACUGGGAUCACCUAGAUUUUAUUUGGGGUCUGGACGCACCAAAGGAGAUGUUUCCGUUCAUCCUGAAGCUGAUGAAGGAGCACCAAUAGAGGGCACCACACUGUGUAUGUGGUGCUGUACACAUUUGUGCUACAGAGAGGGGACCACAGUACUGUACACAUGAGCCGCAAGUUUGUGUGUGUGUGUGUGUGUGUGUGUGUGUGUGUGUGUGUGUGUGUGUGUGCGUUUAGACACCUGGUGCACACCUAUGGACUGCAUCACUCUGUUUGUUUACUGUUUUUAUCCCAGUUUCAAACUAAAAAAAAUUCAUUUCAAAUUCAGAUAAUCCGAAGUUUAAUUACGUACAGUAGUAGUUUAAUUAAGUACAGAGGUAUUAUUGGCAAAAUUUACAAUGUCAGCUUUUCUUUGUGUUUAUUGCUAAUAAGCUGACGUUAGCAUGCUAACAAGUUAAACUCAGAAACACUGUAUGCGCUAACUAUUGCAUGUUAGCAUUGUUAGGACGUUAGCAUUGUCAGAGUUAGCAUGUUAGCAGUGGGUGUGUCUGAGUUGUUUAAACGAACUGUACUGUAACCUGCUGCUCUUGAAUGCACCUGGAAACACCCUGAAGCUGUUUUUUAACUUCACAACAAGUCUGGCUGAGGGACUGUUUGUUAUUUAUGAGAGGUGUAAAAAGGGGGAGGCAUGUAAAAUAUUUUUUAAUCACUGUGGAGGGACCUAUGUUUUUUAUUUUAGCUUUAGAGGAGGGGUAUACAACUUAAAAUGGCUAUUUUGUAUUUAUUCUCUGCAGAUUUUUUUUAAAAAAAGCCUUUUUUCUUAAAAAAAAAAAUGUUGGCGAUU